GCCUGUUGACCCCACGCUGCCAAUUAACCAAUUGUGUCCUUUCGAGAGGUUAUAAGACAGGCUGACAAAACCGGCGGCCUCUCGUUUACAUGUUUUAUGUUGGAGAAGAGUUCACACAUCGAAGACAAUGAACGGAAUCCGCACUGCGAAACCUGCUGGCGGUCCGCCGCUGCAGCUGUUCAACUGCGCCCACGCAAACUGUGGAGCGACUUUCACCAGACAGUGGAGGCUGAAGGAGCACGAGACGGUGCACACCGGGGCGCGCCCGUGUCUGUGCGCCAUUGCUGGCUGUGGCCGUCGUUUCACCAGAAAGGCCCACCUGAGCCGCCACAUGCUCCAGCACAGAGGAGUCAAACAAUUCAAGUGCAAACUCCCGACCUGCCCGAUGACUUUCCUCAACACAAGCCAGCGCAACAGGCACGUGCGCUACGUCCACGGGGAUAAAGAAAAGUACUUUAAGUGCAACCAGCCGAGCUGCUCCUUGACUUUCAAAAAACGCAGAAUGUUGAAACUGCACUUAAAGCAACAUGAAGUGCCUGCUAAAUUCAAGUGUUUGAAGGACGGGUGUGCUGCAACUUUUGACUCCCAUAUUGCACGCAAAGCCCAUGAGAAAAAGCACACGGGUUACCGUUGCCCUCAUGAAAACUGCCAGGUGCUUGAACACACCUGGGGAAAACUGAAGAAGCACAUGGUGAAACACUCAGGUAAAUCAGCCACAUUCACAUGCCAAGCAUGUAAGAAGGAGUUCAAGAAAGCAGACGCUCUGCGGAGGCACAAACGGAUCCAUGCUUCCCAUAAGCCUGUGCUGGUUUGCCCCAGAGACGACUGCCAGGCCUACUUCUCUACGACCUUCAACCUGCAGCACCACAUCCGGAAGGUUCACCUGGAGCUCCUGAAAUUCAAAUGCUCCUUCCCCGACUGCCCACGCAUGUUUGCAAUGCGGGACAGUAUGACCAGACACCUUCUCCGCCAUGACACAACCGCCACAGCUCUGAAGAAACGUCAGCGUCCUAAGAAGUCUUGGCAGAAGCGUCUGGAUGGACAUCAUCUGCCCCUCGUGGAGGAAAACCUGCGCCGCCUCUUCGCCCUGCGCAUGCGGAUCUCCCGGCGUACUAAGGUGGAAACCAAUCUCUCAGGCCUCUUCAAUGAACGCAAGAUCCCUCACUAUGUUGACCCAGAAGUCAACCUGCGCAAUCUGUUCGGCCUCAAAAAGCCUCGCACAUUUGAGGAGAAGCCUGAGGUUGCGCCACCUCAGGGUUGAAUGAAAUCCUUCUGGAUUCACUGGAGUUUUGAUUUUCAAGUUUGAACUUCCUGAGAACUACAAAUGCUUCUUUUAAUUUGGAAUUUUUGGUUUCUUUAAUUUUGAGAAAUGAAAAAUUGGGUCCCCUUGGUUGAGGUAUAAUAAUGUAGCUGGAAUACAUUAUAAUGUUAGAAUUGAAUGUAAUGUAUAAAGGUAGUUUAAGGAUGAUCUCAUUGUAAUUCUUUGGAAACAACAGUUCUUAUUUAAAAUGUUUGUUUUGUAACAUUGCACUUGACCCAAUAAAAUUUAGUUGCAAUCAA